AUGGCUUCUGGUAAUUACCCCGAAGAAAGCCUCUUGCUUUCUCUUAUUAAUCUUUCUCUUUCUGGUCAUGGCUCUUCAACUUCAAGAACCCAUCAACCAAGUCCAAUGCCACCCAUUAUGACUCCUCCCUUUUCACAAAGUAUCUGGGCUGACCACUGUCCCAGCAAUACUGGAGGGGCAAAUCUUCAAUAUAUGCCUUGGAAUCUUCAAGAUGAUACUAUGAGGGUGAAUUUGAAUUCUGGUUUUGGAGUAGGUUCUAUGUCUUUUUGGGGAAAUCAAGAAAACCCCUUUGGGCAGAAUCUGGGCAGUGCAUCCCUGGGAGGGAGAGGUUAUAUGUCGAAUGAUUAUAAUAGUUUGAAUUUGUACAAUAAUGGUAUGGCAAGUCAAGAUUAUGUUGCUAGUCAUCAAGAAAGUCUGAGUAGUAAUGAAGUUAGAGGUAUAAAUGCAGUUUUGGGUUUGGAAGAUUCUGAUAUUAUUUUGCUGAGUAAUGAUCAAUGGAGCUCUGAGUACCUUCAGAAACUACUGUGUUUGAAGGAUUCCAGGAUUGUAAAUAAGAUGAUGGGGGUGGUUUAUAGCUUCCCAAUUUAUCUGAUGACUCACCAAUAUGGACACCAUCUGUUUGUGAAGCUGAUUGAAUCAUGUGAUGAGGAACAGCGUGGACUGAUUACCACGACAAUAACGUCAGAUGACGAGUUGUUUUUGACAGCUUCAGUCAGUAAAUUUGGUUCACUUUGCAUCAAGAGGCUGAUCAAAAAGCUAGUGGGAUCACCCCUCAUUUCGCUGGUGAUUUCUGCUUUACAUCGAAUAUUUAAAGACACAAUGCUUAAUGGAAAAGGAUCUUCUGUUAUUAUAUAUUGUUUAGAGACUCUCAGUGAUCAGCAAAAUGAGUUACUAUAUGUUGCAGCCAUAAAUCACUUUAGAGAUCUAGCCACCCAUGUCGUGGGAUGUAUUUCGUUUAACAAUUUCAUUAAUGACAUGAGAGGUCCACACAGAGCACAACUUCUAGAUUUAAUAUCUUGUCAUGCUGCAUUCCUCUCAAAGGACCCUUCAGGGAACUUUGUUGUGCAGCAUGUCUUAGAACUUAGAGAUCCUAUCUUGACACAAAAGAUAUGCUUUAUCCUUAGAGGCAAGUAUGUGGAACUCUCACUGUUAAAAUAUGGCAGUCAUGUAGUAGAGAAAUGCUUGAAAUCUCCAGGGAUGGCACAUUAUGCAGUUGAAGAUUUUCUGAAGAGCAGAAGCCAACUUUUUCACCUUGCCAGGCAUAAAUAUGGAAACUAUGUGAUCCAAACAGCACUUAAAGUCACAAAGAGUGAAAAUAUUUCCCUCCAUAGGAGACUUCUUCAUGAACUCCGAGAUUAUCAUGAUUUGCAGUUUGGAUACGGAAGGAAACUCUACAACCUGAUUGCUGCUGGAGUACCAGUUGGUGGGAGUGUGUGAUGUACAGUCUUGGAACAAGCCCCAAUCUGUUACCUGUCCUUGUUUAUAUUCAAAAUUAUGAACAUUAUAUGUGUUACCAUAAUAGGGUCCUGUUAUUUGUCUCUGUUUGUUGUUCUAUACUGAAAUGUAUAGGGAUGGCAGUAAUUUACCUACAAGGGUUGCAAUUUAAGUCGGCCAUCUCCAUUGUUCUGAAUGGUAUUUUUGUAGCCUUGUAGAGUCUUUCUUUUUUGUCAGAUGAAGUGGAGUUUAUGUUCAUUCU